GCCAACGUAGGUGAGGAUGCGUGGAGACCAAACAAGGCAGCAGAAUUAAAGUCAAGGAAUGCAACGUGUGAGCUAUGUAUGAACUUCUCGAAUUUCGUAUCACAAUUAUCCGUUUUGGCCAAUCGUUUUGUUAGAUGGAUGUGAAGAAGCAUGUCUUUGAUCAAGGAGAUUCUUCGUAUAUCCGAAAUCAAAACCCCAAAACCCGCCAGCGCUAAAGAUUUAAAGAACAAAAUCCUCACCUACCUGGAAGAGGGUCGUUUCCGAAAAGCCGUUAACGUCCUCUAUACCGCUCAUGUGCCUCUCCCUUAUUCUAUCUAUGCCCAUCUCUUCCAGCAUUGUUCUUCGAGGCGUGCCAUCGUCGAGGCUCGAAAAGUUGAGUACCACCUGAACCAUUUCUUGCCUAACCCCCCAGUUUUUCUGCUGAAUCGUGCCAUUGAAACGUUUGGCAAAUGUGGGUGUUUGGACGAUGCGAGGGAGUUGUUUGAGGAAAUGCGUGAAAGAGAUGGUGGUUCUUGGAAUGCCAUCAUAACCGCUCAUUCGCAGAGUGGGUAUGCCAAUGAGGCUCUGGCCUUGUUCUUGCGUAUGAAUAGGAAUGGUGUCUUUUCCAAUGCGGUUACAUUUGCCAGUGUCCUUGGAUCUUGUGCCGCGGUUUCAGAUCUUGCUCUUUCAAGACAAAUCCAUGGACUUACUUUGAAGUACGAUUUUGCUAGUAACGUAAUCUUGGAGACUUCACUUGUUGAUAUCUAUGGGAAAUGUGGUGCUAUAAGUGAUGCGCGUAGAAAAUUUGAUGAGAUUCAUAACCGAAAUGCUGUAUCUUGGAAUGUGAUUGUGAGGCGGUAUUUUGAGAUGGAUGAUGGAAAAGAAGCAGUGUAUAUGUUCUUUCAGAUGUUUCCGGCAGCAGUAAGGCCAUUGAAUUUUACCUUCUCUACUGCUCUUGCUGCUUGUUCAAGUAUUCAUGCUCUUAAAGAGGGGAUGCAAAUUCAUGGAGUAUCAAUCAAGAUGCAUUUUGAUGUUGAUAAGGUUGUUUCAUGCUCCCUUAUACAUAUGUAUGUAAAGUGUGGGAAACUAGAAGAUGCUCAUGCAAUUUUUGAGCAGCCCAAUGAAAAAGACUUGAUUUUUUGGACUACAAUUAUCUCAGGAUAUGCAAUGAGUGGGAAGACAAGGGAGGCAAGGAAGCUUUUUAAUGAUAUGCCUGAACGCAAUGUAGUAUCUUGGAAUGCAAUGUUGGGAGGGUAUACUCGCUUCUCCCUAUGGGAAGAGGCGUUGGAUUUUGUAUAUUUAAUGAGAAAUACAACAAAAGACAUAGACCAUGUCACACUUGGAUUGAUCUUGAAUAUUUGCUCUGGUCUUUCAGAUGUUGAAUUGGGUAAACAGAUUCAUGGAUAUAUCUAUCGACAUGGUUUCUGUUCGAAUCUCAUUGUAAGCAAUGCCCUUCUCGACAUGUAUGGUAAAUGUGGAAACUUGAGGAGUGCUCGAGUCUGGUUUUACCAAAUGAGUGAAUGGAGGGAUAACGUCUCAUGGAACGCUUUGUUGGCUAGCCACGCUCGUCAUCAAAUGAGUGAAGAAGCUAUGUCAAUUUUCUGGGAGAUGCAAUGUGAAACAAGGCCAAGUAAGUUUACUUUUGCAACCCUUUUGGCAGCUUGUGCAAAUAUUUUUGCUCUUGAUCAAGGCAGGCAAAUCCAUGGUUUUAUAAUUCGAAAUAGUUAUGAGAUAGAUAUCGUCUUAAAAGCAGCUUUGGUUGACAUGUACUCAAAGUGUCGUUGUCUUGAAUAUGCCCUCAUGGUUUUUAAAGAAGGGGAAGAGAUGGAUGUGAUUCUAUGUAACUCCAUAAUUUUGGGAUGCUGUCACAACCGACAAGGUAGAGAAGUACUUAAAUUAUUUGGCUUCAUGGAAGAAAAAGGUAUCAAGCCAGACCAUGUAACUUUACUAGGUGUUUUGCUUGCUUGUGCGCAUGAAGGUCUUGUUGAGUUGGGAACUCAGUGUUUUCAUUCGAUUACUGACAAGUACGGUAUUAUACCCCGAAUUGAGCACUAUGAUAUGAUGAUUGAACUUCACAGUCGCUAUGAGCAGAUGGAUGAGCUUGAAAAUUUUAUCAAGACGAUGCCAUUUGAACCAACAGUCUCCAUGUUAACAAAAGUCCUUGACGCUUCUAGAAAACAUGGGCACUUGAGGAUGGGAAAAUGGGCUGCUGAACGGCUUAACGAAUCCUAAAGUGUAUAUAUUAUAUAUAUACUUUUUAUUUGUGUCAUAUAAUUUUAUUCUCCAUAAUUUUUAUUUUCUGAACUACAUUAAUGAAAGUAGAAAUGUUUAAUUUUA